UGCCGCCGCUGCCGCCGCCGCAGCCGCCGCCGCCGCGGUUGCCGGGAAUAAUCUGGGCGGCAGCCGGCGGCUCCGGCUAGCGGCCAGGAGCCACUUCUGCGGCUGCCGAGAAGAGCGAAGGUCCCUGGUUUCGUGUCGUCCCCCUCUUCGCCCCCCAGGAGGGGCGAGAGGGAGCCGCGGCUGAUGUCAGCUAAUUCAGAUGUCCAAGGGGAAAAUACAUGCCAAAAUCUGUAAACCUGUGACAGUAAGAAGAGUCCUUUGGAGGGAAAAAACUCAUCACAACUGGGGGAGUGCUACACGCAUCUAAAAUACAUUUUCGGGAAAUGGCCUCUAAAUCUUGGCUGAAUUUUUUAUCCUUCCUCUGUGGAUCAGCAAUCGGAUUUGUUUUGUGUUCUCAGCUAUUUAGUGUAUUAUUGGGAGAAAAGGAUGACACCCAGCCUAAUAUUCUUCAUAAUGAUCCUCAUGCUAGACAUUCAGAUGAUAAUGGGCAGAAUUCUCUAGGAGGACAGAUGAACUUCAAUGCAGAUGUUAUCCAACAUAAAGAUGAGAACACAGACGUCGCUGAAUACCUCUUUCAGAAGGUUAAAAUUCUCUGCUGGGUUAUGACAGGGCCUCAAAACCUAGAGAAAAAGGCUAAACAUGUCAAAGCUACAUGGGCCCAGCGUUGUAAUAAAGUGUUGUUUAUGAGUUCAGAAGAAAAUAAAGACUUCCCUGCUGUGGGAUUAAAAACCAGAGAAGGCAGAGACCAGCUAUACUGGAAAACAAUUAGAGCUUUUCAGUAUGUUCAUGAUCAUCAUCUAGAAGAUGCUGAUUGGUUUAUGAAAGCAGAUGAUGAUACGUAUGUUAUACUAGACAAUUUGAGAUGGCUUCUCUCAAAACACAACCCUGAAGAACCCAUUUACUUCGGGAGAAGAUUUAAGCCCUUUGUAAAGCAGGGCUACAUGAGUGGAGGAGCAGGCUAUGUACUGAGCAAAGAAGCCUUGAAGAGAUAUGUUGAUGCAUUUAAAACAGAAAAAUGUACACAUAGUUCUUCUAUCGAAGAUUUAGCACUGGGGAAAUGCAUGGAAAUUUUAAAUGUAGAAGCGGGAGAUUCCAGAGAUUCCACCGGGAAAGAAACUUUUCAUCCCUUUGUACCAGAACACCACUUAAUCAAGACUUACCUACCUAGAACCUUUUGGUACUGGAAUUAUAACUUUUAUCCUACUGUACAGGGUCCUGGUUGCUGUUCUGAUCUUGCGGUUUCUUUUCACUAUGUUGAUCCUACAACUAUGUAUGAGUUAGAAUACCUCGUUUAUCAUCUUCGUCCAUAUGGAUAUUUAUACAGAUAUCAACCUGCCUUACCUGAGAAUAUGCUAAAGGAAAUAAGUUCAGCAUACAAAAAUGAAGAUCCAAAAGUAAAAUUGGGAAACUUUAAGGAAACCAUAAAUGAACAGAGGUAAAAUGUCUAACAUUGCACUGAAGAACUUCUGCGUUUCUGAUGUAGGACACUGGAAUACCAGUGAGGAAUUCUUUCUAAGUGACCAUUCCAUAUUAGAAACCUUUCAUAUGAAUGACUGUAAACUGAAGCUUUAAUGAGCUGUGAAGUCUGUUAAAAUGUGUUUUGAUAUAGAUACACACCCACACACACCCACACACACACACACACACACACAGAAAACUUGGUUUUCAUAAUGGUGGCCAGGUAAAGGAACUAGGAAAGAGAUUUUGUUGUCCAUUCCUGACCAUAUGUAUUAUUUUCACUGGGAAACUAAAACAGUUAAAUUUGCUAAAACUACACUGUACCAUGUUAGUAAUACACACAUGAUGCUAAACAGAUCUGCCUUAAAGAAAAUUUUAGAAGGAAAUAUUGUUGCUCAGUGUUGGUUAUAAACUCAAGACACACGUUUAUAUUUGGAGUAUGAUAUACAUGAACUCCCCCAUGCACACACCUGUGUGCAGUUCUUGGCUAAUCACCAUUUUGCUGUGACUACUUAUAAUUGGCAGUAUUUCUUCCAGAAGAAGGUAGAAUAAGAAUGGCACUCGUCCUAAAGUGCAUUAAUAAAACUGCAUUUUGAAAUUACGGGCCUUGACUGUAUUUUAUAUAUAUUUGGUUCUAAUAAAUAGUUAAUCUUUUACAGGCAUACCUCGUUUUAUUGUGCUUCACGGAUGUUGCUUUUUUUUUUUUUUUUUUUUUUUAAACAAAUUGAAGUCAAGACCUUCCACAAGCAAAGAGAUACUUGCUUUAUUACGAGACUCGCUUUAUUGCGGUGAUCUGGAACCAAACCCACAAUACCUCUAAGGUCUGCGUAUACUGAGUCCUGUUGUCUCUUCUAAAUGUGUUUAACCUUCUUGGCUAUCAUUCUCAACUGUUAAUAUUUAUUUACUCAAAGUAUUAAUAGCAUUCGAUAAACAUGGAUUUUUAAAUACUUUGUUCCCAUAUUUACCCAUUGUUAAUUAUGGGUAACUAAUAAAUAGUAAAUUUAAUGCUAGUUGAGAAUGCUUUUCUUAGUAUCAGUGCCACUCUCAGGAAUUACUAAGCAACAUUUUAAAUUGAUUAUUUAAAACUCUUUCUAACUACAUAAUUAUAGUUCCUUUUAUUCUCAUCCUGUUGAAAGAUGAGAACUUGUUUGUGCCUUUCAUAACUUGUUUAAAGCAGAGUUUUGAAAUUCAUUUUUAGGAUCUGAAGUGGCUAUUAGUUGCACUGGCAAAAUAAUUUGAAUGCAGGAUUUUGACCAGAGUUAAUUAAAAACAUCAGAAAAUGCAGAAAGCUUCAACAAGCUGAAAUAUGCCAGAUAUUAAAAGACCCAAUACUUAAUUUGUGAAUAACAGCCUGAAUUUUGAUGCUGACUUAAUAUUUUGGGAUGAUUGUGUUGCCAGUGGGUAGAUCAUUCCCAUUGAGCAGAAUAACCAUUCAAGACUCAUCAGAAACACAUUCAUAAAUGUUUUGUUCCAAAUUUAAUAACCCUCUAUUUAAAGAGUUUCUGGAAAGAAAAACGUAUAAAUUUUUGUUUUCUUGAGUAAUAUUAUCUGAGUGUAUCAUAACAGAAUAUUUUACAGACUUUCUAUAAGAUUAUCUUAAAUGUUACAAAUGAUUUACAUUUCUCUUAUUUUUAUUGUUAUGUUAAUUUUACAUGGCUGUCACACCAUUGACUCUGCUGCUUAGCUAAAUAGUUUAUAUUUAUUGUGCCAAAACAUGUCAAAACUAUGACCUCUUUGGAUGGUGUAUUUGAGAGGAUGUUCAUUUUAGUGGCUAAUUAUGGAUACUCUUUCCACAUAGUGAAAACUCCCACCAAUUUUUACCUAUUAAAUUGUUUUUUAUUGUUUUCAUGGUUGUGUCAUCUGCUCAAAUUUCAAGACAUUUAUUCUAGUCUUUGAACAGUUCUUCACCUUGAUAUGGAUGUGAAUUUGAGUCCAUAUUUGCUGUUUUUCUGUAUUAGAAGAAUAAAGGGUUUGUCACAAACAUCCAAAAA